AUGCUCUCACUCCUCGUGAUUCUGAUGGGAUGUCUGCAUGCUCCGCGGGUACGACUCCGCCCGCGACACCGAGGGCUGGGACGCCUGGGCAUGGUUCGCAGCGCUCCCGCAGCGACCGUGGUGGCCCCGAUGAGCUUCGCGACGAGGCUCGCGCCGCGGCUGCGGCGUUCACUCUGGAGAGCAUGUCCCAGAUCGACCUCAUGCCCACGUUCCCAUCGCAGGAGCUGUCAGGUGCUCCUGCUGGCAGCGGCCUCCCUCCCUGCGAGGGGGUCCCGCAAUCGUGGCCUCCGCCGCCUGCUCGAGAGGCUGAUCCUUCUCGUCUGGAUGCUCGCGGCGGCGGCGCUCAUAGGGGGCCCUCCUUGGCGUGCUGUGCGUGCUGAGGAAGCUGCGCCCGCUCCUGGAGGCCCCUCUGGUCGUGCUGCGGGGGCUUCAUCUCUGGACCCCUGGGCUGUGUCGCUGGCGCGGAAGGAGCUGCAGGCGGCUCAUGACGCGGCCUUCAAAGAGUUCCAGUCCAGCUGCAUGGCCGAGAUGUCUCGCAUCAGCAUGGCUUCGAUGCGGGCGACCCUCCCGCAAACCCUCUCCAAGGCGACGGGCCCGCUGUCCAAGCGGUUCGACGAGCGGGUGGCCCAGCGCAUGGACGCCUUCUCGGCUCGCCUGUAG